CAGGCUGCGGGCCAGGGGGCCUCGGGCCCACAGCGGCGGCGCACCACCUGGCGGAGGCUGCGGUGCCCGCGGCGGUCCCGCGCGCGGGCGCCAGAGAGGCACUGGUGCGGCCACCUGCUGAUGACAGCAGGGGCCAGCAGAGAGAGUUUGGCUACAGGACGGCAGCCCAGCCAGCAGAGGCAGUGCCGCUUGGUUCGAAAGAGGAGCAGCAGCAGGAGGCGAAAGCGACGCGGGAGCAGAGCGACGAGCUGAAGGACCACAUCGGGGACACCAGCUGGACGGCCUGGAUGCGGCCAGAAUCGCCGCGCGUUGGUGGUGAAAAGGCCCAGCAAUUAUUGGGAUCAUCAGGGUCAUCCACACCUGUCCUUUCCAGGGAUUCGAGUGUAUUUUCUCGAGAGCCUCCGUCUGCACCUCCGAGGCCGCCGCGUGGCAUCGAGAGCAAGGGCCAGCGUGUGCUGCGGCCGACAUCCCCCAAGAACAUUGCAGCCAGUGUGGAGCCUCAGUCUCUGCGAGCUGAUAGUGCCGACAGCGGCACCUACCACGUAGCUCAUCUGGCAACAGGCCCUUCAACUUCCGAUCGAUCUGCUGGCGGCUUCCAGGGGGGCCCUGGAAGAAACGCAGAAACAGAGUCGCCCCUCACCAGCGGCAUCAAACCUCAGCGCGAACCACGGCCGGCCCACAUCCUGGCCCCUGUGGAGCCAACUGUGCCAGGGGCGUGGCCCGCGAGCGCGGCCCCAGAGCCGCCGAGCGCCAGCGAGGAGGGGUGCCCGCGGGCCCCGCCCGCCCUCGGGUCUCACGGGGACCUGGCGCGGCCUGCGAGUGCGGGCCCGGAGCCGCCACCCGCCGGCGAGAGCCGGAAGCAGCAGGCCCAGACGGAGCCGGCCGGCCUCGGGGCUCACAGGGGCCCGGCGCAGCCUUCGAGGGCGGACCCCGGGCCGACAUUCGGCAGCAUUGGCCCGGACGAGCGGGCCUCAGCAGGGCAGCCUGCCCUCGGGGCCAGUGCGGUCCCAUUGUCGCCACUCGUGGGCGAGAGUUGGGACAGGCAGGCCCGGCAGGCCGCGACGCAAAGGUCACGCGUUGAGCUGGGACAGCCCGCGAGGGCAGCCCCAGAGGCGGCACUUGGCGAGGGUCGGGACCAGCAGGCCCAAACGAAGCCGCCCGUCUUCGAGCCUCACCCGGCGCAGCCUGCGAGGGUGCUGACAGAGUCGGCACUCACGCGAGAGAGUCCGGACCAGCCAGCCCCGGUGGAGCCGCCUGUCCUUGGGGCUCGCAGGGAUCUGGCGCAGCCUGACAGCAGUGCGGCCCCACUGUCGCCACUCGCGGGCGGGAGCUGGGAUAAGCAGGCCCAGGCCGAGCCGCCAAUCCUGAGGGCUCGCAGGGACACUUGCCGGCGAGGGUUGGACCAGCAGGUCCAAGCAGAGCUGCCCGUCCCCGAGCCUCGCCCGCCGCAGACUGCAAGAGCGGCCCAGGAGGCGCCACCGGCCAGCGAGGAUCAGCGGCCCCAGCCGCCCAUCCUUGGGUGCCGCAGAGACCCAGCCCAGCCUGUCCACGGGGCGCUUCCAAGGUCGGAGCCGCUCCGCCCGGACCUCCCAGAGGAUCGGGGCCCGGCAGCGGGCGUGGCCUCGAGGCCGCCCCGCGCCAGCGUGUCCGAGAUCCUGGGCCUCUCCGCGAGGGCAAGCGUGCCGCCCGCUGACGGGCCGCCCGGGAGGC